AAUGCUAGGUGGGGCGGGUCUUUAUAUCGGAAAAUGUCCACCGCCAUAAUAAUGGCCGCCCUAAUUCUCCACCCAAAAUAGAUAGCUUUAUGGGUGGGGAAAUUUGAUUACAUAAUAGUAGUUAAAUAAUACCGCGCCAAUAAUUUUUUGCUACUUCCAAAUUACGGUAUAGGCCAUAUGGUUACGGCACAGAAACAAAACAAAACCAGAGGGAAACAAAGGAAGAAACUUGAGAGUGGAAUGACAAGUAGAGUCAAAGGCGAACACGUGUAAAAGUUAUGGAAGAGGAAAUUAAGCACGUUUUUUUAUAUGACAGCAGGGUUUGUGUUCAAGUUUAAGUCUUUUGCAGAAUUGAGCUUGUUUGUUUUCAGUUGUCGGUGGAGCUGAAAGUUGAGGGAAGUUGUGUUUUUGAGAGAGAAAUUAGAUGGAAAGGGUGGAGUCAAGACGGAGGAAUUGGAAAGGGCAAUUGGUGAGUGAGAUUUUGGUCGGUUUUCUUGUUGUAGCUUCUGUUUUUGUUGUGGGUGAAGCAAGAGUGGAACAAGAAAUGUCAAGUUAUAAUGAGACUAAAGAGGUUAUUGUGUCUGAUGAUUUGAUGAAGAAAGUCUUCAAAUUCUUGUGGCAAGAGGGUAGAUUGGGUUAUACUCAUGUUUGGCCAGAUAUGAAAUUUGGGUGGAAAAUUGUGGUGGGAACAAUCGUUGCAUUCUUUGGAGCUGCAUUUGGGAGUGUAGGAGGUGUUGGAGGAGGUGGCAUCUUUGUUCCUAUGCUCACUCUCAUUAUUGGGUUUGAUGCAAAAUCUUCAACUGCAAUAUCAAAAUUUAUGAUUACAGGUGCAGCAGGGGCAACAGUUUACUACAAUUUAAAGCUGAGGCAUCCUACACUUGAUAUGCCCAUUAUUGACUAUGAUUUGGCACUUCUGUUUCAACCAAUGUUGGUUCUAGGCAUUAGUAUUGGAGUUGCUUUUAAUGUAAUUUUUGCAGACUGGAUGAUCACAGUUUUGUUGAUUAUUCUCUUCUUAGGCACUUCAACUAAGGCAUUCUUCAAAGGCAUCGACACAUGGAAAAAAGAAACCAUAAUGAAAAAGGAAGCUGCUAGGUUGAUGGAAUCAAAUGAUAACAACAACAAUGAUGUGUCAUACACACCCCUACCCGGAGAUCCCACUGACAGAGCACACACACCUCCUAAGGAAACUGGAAAAGAAGAGAUCUCGGUUAUUGAGAACGUUUGCUGGAAGGAACUUGGACUGCUUGUAGCUGUCUGGGCUAUAAUCCUUGCACUGCAGAUUGCUAAGAAUUACUCAACCACCUGUUCCGCGUUAUACUGGCUACUGAAUCUAUUGCAGAUCCCUGUGGCUGUCGGAGUAACUUCAUAUGAGGCAGUUAGCCUAUACAAAGGACGAAGAAGGAUCAAAUCCAAGGGAGAAGCAAGCACUAACUGGAAAGUACAUCAGCUCAUUCUUUAUAGUUGCAUGGGUGUAUUGGCUGGUGUCGUUGGUGGAUUGCUUGGUCUUGGGGGAGGAUUUAUUUUAGGUCCUCUCUUCCUGGAAUUGGGAAUCCCUCCUCAGGUAUCAAGUGCCACUGCAACCUUUGCCAUGACAUUUUCUGCAUCAAUGUCAGUUGUCGAAUAUUACCUUCUAAAACGUUUUCCGGUUCCUUAUGCCCUCUACUUUGUGGCGGUUGCCACUGUUGCUGCCUUGAUAGCGCAACAUGUGGUAAGAAAGAUUAUCAAUAUAUUAGGGAGAGCUUCUAUAAUCAUCUUCAUUUUGGCCUUCACAAUUUUUGUCAGUGCAAUAUCACUAGGUGGGGUGGGUAUAGCAGAUAUGAUCAAAGCAAUCGAGGAGAAGGAGUACAUGGGAUUUGAGAACUUAUGUACAUACAAUGCCUAGACUAAAUUUUCUGAGCUUUCUAAAUGCAAAAAUCCUGUGUGGCUUAUUCUCCCUGAGCUACAACUUCUAUUUUUUUUCCUACAAAAUUAUUUACCCACAAGUGAAAAUUGAUGCAGACAUGCAUUAUCUUUCAAUUCUAAGUUUCUCCUUGUGUGUGCUUGGAAGAUGAAUUUUCUCCUCUACUUUUGAACCUGUAGCACAAAAAGCUGUCAUGUGAUAAAUAAAAUAUUAGAACUUCUGCUUA